GCUUCGUGUUGACAUGGCGGCAGCCUUUGAAACUUCAAUUCUUCAUGUUCCUAAAACGCAGGAUUUCUACGCUGUAAAACAGUUUUUCUCCGGAGCUGCAGCAAACCCUGCCUGACGCAGCGCAGUCACCAUGUCAUCUCCAGACGGGCAGCGGUACACCCAGACAGAGUUCCUCACCCGGUGGUUGCCGAGCAGCGACAGAGCCGGGGUGAUCAUCAACCCCAGCCCGGACCUGGCUGGGUCCUCGCGGCUCACCCCUGUCGUUGGAUCCUCAGCCAUGAAGCCAGACGACUCCUUCGCCUCAGACUUCGCCCCCCUGACCGCAUCGGCAGACAGUAGCUACCUUGGUGUGGAUGGAUUUGCACUUUCGCCCAGAGGAGAAAAGAGGGCUGGGAGUGACAGGCGGGGGAACCGUCUCUCCUCUUCCCCCAGGAGAAAAUCAGGUGGACAGGUGGAGAGUCUGGAUGAAUCACAGGAUGUGCCCCUAAUUUUGAGGCUAGAAGAGUUGAGGAAAUGGCAACAACACAUGCAGGAGCAGCUAAAGGCCCAUCAGUUAGAGGAGUUGCUACGUCUCCAGGAAGAGCAGCAGAGGCUGCUGGGAAUGAUGAAUGGAUCUGAGCACUGUGAAGGAGAUUACUUCGAGAGUUCAGAGCUAUCAGGAGCAGAAGAAGAGGAGAACUCACUUCAGGCAGACUCUCAUCCUAGAGAGAGCCUAUACCUCCACAACAGUAACUGCUCUGUGAUCCAACCGGACUCUACAUGUGGCCUUCGAAAGGAGCAACAGCCCUCACCCUCAGAGAGACAGGAUUGCCUAGCAAGAGUUCAAAUUCAUGAGGAGUUGGACAACAAUGAGGACUCAGGGAACUCUACUGACGACCAGGAAUUGAGAAAAUCUACGAGCCAUUUUCAGGAGCAUGAUGAUACAUUCAUCCCAAGUAAUGGUGUGGAAUCGACUGACGACCAUGAUAGAAAAGGAGAUAAAAUCUCACAGGACAGACCAAUUAAACCAGGCAUCGGGGUUCACAAGCAGACCUUUGAGGAGUUGUUGGAAGAGCAACUAAGGCUGGAGGAUCAGAAGCUAAAGUCUGCUCAGCAACAACAGAGUCAAAAUAGAGCUGAAGUUGUACAAGCCAAUCCUAAGAGGUCCUUUCUGAAGCGAGGCGAGGGGCUUUGUAGAUUUACCAUCAAUCGCAAAGCCUCAUUUUCAAAAAAGGAGACAAAGAAGGACUCUAAGCCCCAGGCCAGAGUAAUCUCGCGCAGCAACUCUGAGCCUGCAGCUAUCCAGAAGGGUGGCACAAAUUGCAUCCAGCAGCUUCCUGUCCAGCGUAAAACCGCCAUACUAAACAAGGAAAAUCUACUGAAAAGCUUGAGUUUGCUACCUCAGGACAUCAAAGCUGAAAAUAAGACUGGACGGACAGUUUUAGGUAGUUAUCAAAGGCAGAAUAUUGAAGGAUCAGAAUCUAUUCAGACUGGCCCAGACUUGACACAAACCAAACAGUGUCAACCAGGGCAAGUAAAGGAACAGAAUAACAGGACAGCGGUUCUGUGGGCUCAGACUGGGAGGAAACCCGGGCCCCAUAACACACAGCCAAACCCUGUAACCAAACAGGUGGGCACGUUGCCGGGGCCAGAGAGGGCUGAAAAUUACACAGCUAACAAAAGCUGUGGAUCAGAAGUGGAAUCAGCAGAAGGAAGAACGGGGUCAGGAAGAGGAGAAGUAGGAGUUCCGGUGGACUCGUUUGAUGUGUCAUUCCAGGAGAAGCUCCACCACUGGGAGUCAGAUCGGCAGAUGGAAAACAUGGAGCUGGGAGAGUUUGAGCUACUGGAGCAGGCAGCUGACGAGCUAUCCUUCUCGUCCAACUCUUCCUUUGUCAUGAAGGUUCUUCAGAUGGACCAGCAGCACAAGCAGCUGCAGGACGCUCAGGGGCUCUACCAGCGACGGCUCUCCUCCACUCCCAUCAAGUCUCCUCCUAGAGGUGAACUUCAGAGGUGCAAUGGCGUUGGCGGCGUUGUUAAAAGCAGUUCUGUGACCCCGGAAGCAGUUGUGGUGAAGACAAGAGAUGAUACAAUCAAGAACAAAAUGAGCACAGAGGAUCACGAGGAACAGGACAUUGGGAGAAAAGACAAACAGGAAAACUCAAAUGUUAGCUCUGAAUUUGAAGAUCAGGAAGUGGUGUUGAAACCGCCUUUGUUUCCCAGCACCUGUUGUUUCCCAGCACAGUCCAAUCCGCCAUAUGAUAAGUGGUCCUAUCAGGACGAGGACAGUUGUAGAGCUUCAGAUGCGACACAAGGUGGUGAUGAUGGGGAAAGUGACAGUGUCAUUAGCAAUCCUGAUGAGUCCACUCUGAUAGAGGUCAAAGAUUGGCAGCAGGAGAGAGUCGUGUUUGAUGAUGACGACACAUGGAACAACACCAUUGAAACCCCCAAUGAGAGUAGAGGAGUCAGUCCAGUUCCUGAGGCAACUGCCAAUAGCGUUUCCCCACCAGUUCGGACUUUGUUGAGGAAGGUGGCAGCGAGCAAAGUUGUGGAGCUGGAUAAGCGAACAGUCGUCGGUUCUGCCAAUCAGAAGCCAGAUCCUCUGACUCCCUCUGCCUCGCAGCUCAUGACAAGGUUGUUUCCUUCGCUGAAGCCGAAGGUCCAGAAUAUCCCGCCUCCCCCGCCUGACUUCCAAAGAAACGAGGAGGAGACGGGUCAGCAGGUCCAGUCGAGACAGCUGAGGGAGCGACUGGUGGAGCUGGAGAUGGAGAUUGAGAGAUUUAAAAGGGAGAAUGCUGCUCUCACAAAACUCAGACAGGACAACGAGAAAAAACAGGAAAACCUCAGGAGGGAGCGUUUGGAGUUCGAGCAGACCAAAGUGGAGGUAACGGCCAAUUUUGACGAGUUCAAGAAAGAGGAAAACAAGAAACUGCAGAAGGAGCGCAAACUGUUUGAGCAGCAUGUGUCUGCUGCCAGAGCCAUUCCUGACAAGAAGGAACGAGAGGAAAUCCAGGUGUUGAGGCAACAGCUGAGCUCUGUGCAGGAGGAGCUAAGGAAGAAGGAGAGUCGCUGGGCCUCCACACACAGCCGGCUGCGGCAGCAGAUCGACUCCCUCAGCCAGGAGAACAGUUCUCUCCGGGACGAGAUCCAUAUGUUGGAAAAGCUUCGUAUCAGUGCCUGGAAUAAAAACCCUGUCAGUGCAGAAAAGGACAAAGAAACUAAAGACGGCCCGAGAAUAUCUGCAAACCCUGUUUCAUCGGUUACCAAAGGAGUCAAAUUUGCUAGUCCUCUUGAUUCUCGAGGAAGCAGCAUGAUUCCUCCACAGAGCAGCACCGCUGCAGCAGGUCGAAGGAGCUCCGUAGAGAGUAGUCAGGUAGGGAUGAAGAGCAGCCUGAGGAGGCCGUCAGGACCAUGUGCCUUCUCAUCCUCAUCCUCCUCUUCCUCCUCACUGCCUGUCAGGAGAACAGAGGAGAAGUCAGCUGCCAACAAGAGCCAGGACAAACCGCCAAACACAGAACAACCGAAAAGCUGCUAUUCGAAAAGUGAAUCUCAGCCAAAAGUACCAGAGUGCGAGACUGAAGAGGCAGAACCAGUUCAGGAGGUCCUCACACACCCUGAUGGGAAGACAGAGCGGAUACUGGCUGGUGGUGAUCGCCUCCUUGUUUACCCCAACGGCACCAAGAAGGAGGUUUCAGCAGAUGGACUGGCGCUGAAGGUCACCUUCUUCAAUGGAGACACCAAACAGGUCACAGCCGACCAGAGAGUGAUCUACUAUUACUCUGACGCACAGACGACUCACAUCACCUACCCAGACGGCCUGGAGGUCCUGCACUUCUCCAACAACCAGACUGAAAAACUUUUCCCAGAUGGUCGUAAGGAAAUCACUUUCCCAGACCAAACGGUCAAGAACCUGUUCCCAGACGGCAGGGAGGAGAGCGUGUUGACGGACGGGACCAUCAUACAGGUCAACCCAGACGGCACCAAGGAGAUACAUUUCAAUACAGGUCAGAAAGAGACCCACACGGCUGAGUACAAGAGGAGGGAGUAUCCAGACGGUACCGUGAAGACGGUCUAUGCCGACGGCAGACAGGAAACCUGCUACCCCACCGGACGACUCCGGAUCAAAGACAAAGAUGGGAACAUUGUCCUGGACAAUGGGGCGUAGAGACGCUGUCAACACAAAUGGAAAUAUUUUUAAAUCUUAUGUUUUAUGAGUGAGAAAGUUGAGCCCUCUCUGUUUAAUGGAAACACAAGGCUUGAUUUCUGUUUACACCACUUUUUUUUAAUAAUACAACCUGACGAUCUGUCAACAAACUUCACUCUGUUUAUAAAUGUGAAUAUUUUAACAGAGACAGCGACUUGCAUCAACUAAUUGUUUACAUCGACUGCUUUAGUGAGAAUUGUGUGUGUGUG